AUGGCCGCCGCUCGACCCAACUCAACUCGACCUGCUUAUCAAUUUAAAUUGGUCCUUCUUGGCGAAUCUGCGGUCGGGAAAUCGUCACUUGUCCUUCGAUUCGUUCAGAAUGACUUUCAAGAGUAUCGGGAAAGUACGAUCGGUGCAGCUUUUCUGACUCAAACAGUUCAGCUGGAUGACCAAACCACGAUCAAAUACGAGAUUUGGGAUACUGCUGGCCAAGAGCGUUAUAAAUCACUUGCUCCAAUGUAUUAUCGAAAUGCAAAUUGCGCCGUGGUGGUCUAUGACAUCACUUCUUCAGCAUCCCUAGAAAAGGCCAAAAAUUGGAUACGCGAACUUCAGAGGCAGGCAGAUUCUCAAAUUGUCAUUGCCUUGGCUGGCAAUAAAGCUGAUUUAGAAGAACGAAGACAAGUCUCAACAGCGGACGCACGCCAAUUUGCAGAAGAAGAGAAUUUACUGUUUUUCGAAACUUCGGCAAAAGAUGCCACAAACGUUCAUGAGAUCUUUCAAGCCAUUGCUAAGAAACUACCACUUGAUUCAGCUGCUUCUCGUGGCCCUCGGGGCAGUGCUGGACCAAACCGAGCUGCAGGUGGAGUAAAUCUCAACCAAGGAGCAGGUGGUGCUGAUGGUGAUGGGGCAUGCGCUUGUUAAAAAGCUUCAAGACAUCUCACUCAUAUUUUUUACAUUUUUGUUUGUGCCCGCACGAUUCAAAAGAUAUCGGUUCUUUUUUUUGUUCUGUUAGUCUUGUAGGUAGUUGGUUUUUUUACUUUCGUCGGCGUACUUGUGUAUUGUAUCGUCUUUUUCCUUUUUCCUUUCCGCCUCCCUUGAUCGUUUUCGGUAAAGUGGGGCCUUAUGUGAAUCUCUUCCUAUGUUCAACUGAUUUACAAUGUCUCUUUCCUGCUACAUUUUUUCAUGCAAUGUUUGAUAUAUGACG